UAUGAAUGUGGUCUGCAAUUAGGGUAUCAUUGUUUUGCACUAUAUCUUUUUGGUAUCGCUUAUGCUCUAUCAGAGAGUAGCCGAGUAAUAUACAGCACAUGGGUCAGGUCUCAAACUUUGGUUAAUUGUUUAUGCGUGACAUCGAUUAUGGUGCCGUUUCUCACUACUACGCCAUGCGCUACUGCCGCGGGAAUAUUUGCAUACCAGGGCAAUAAUGCAAUGGCAUCCCGAUUCACUAGAGCACAAUACACCUGCUGGGGUAUUUAUUGUGGCUAUAUAGGGGCCCUUUUAUUAUUUGCAGGUGUGCGUUUGCUGCAUUUACUCAAUAAGUAUAUCCAUAUGCAAUCAAAUUUAAAGAUUGAUACAUCAAAAGUGAGAAUUGGUGCUCUUAAGGUUAAAAUUAUUGUGAUAUGCGGUACCGCAUGUAUGUGGGUCUUUGCUCUCUUAUUAGGUCUUUAUGGUAAUUUUCGGGAUCAAAUCAUGGAGUCUGUUUUUACAAAUAUGUUGGUUUCCGUUCUUUGGUUAUUUGCAGGCCCCUUUGCUUGCUUUUUUAUCCUCAUUGCCAUUGUUUUAAAGUAA